AUGGCGACACGGACUAAGGCGCCGCCCGUCGGGUCGUCAGGAUGGAUCGAGAACGAGAGAGAACAGGCCGACGAGUUUGUCGGACAAGAGGUGGACGAGUUCAGCUUCAGUGUCAGGAACGAGCUGGAAUGGCUGAACGAGCAUAUGCACGACAUAUUUACCCCAUCACAAACUAACUUCGCCGACAUGUUCAAGACGCCCGGCAAGCUACGCGGAAAGACACCACGAACUGCGCGUAAGGUCAACGCUCUGCCACCCCGGCAACCACUAACCGACAUCUUCGCACCCAAUGCACAACCCGCGCCUGCAUAUGCGACUAAGACAGCGUUCUACGACAAAGUCGCGCAGUUCCAGAUCGCCGAGGAUGUCGAGAAUCGCAUACCCCUCAACAAGCCCGUCAGCCGGGCAACGAGUCCCAAUCGUGCUGCCAAAGCGUAUAUCGACUCUGGCUACCAUGGCAUGAUGACGGAUGAUGAAAUGGAGCUCGACGCGCAAACCCAGCUGGAAAGCAUUGCGACAUCAUCACAAGCCGGAGAGACUGUGAAGGUCCCGCUGCGAGACGACCAGCCACCUGCACAACGUGUAGUGAAAGACGGAAAGGAGGACGAGACUGGCGCUAGUGACGACUCUUUCGUGUCCGCCAAGGAGACAGAGAACGAUGCGCCCGCUGUCACAGACGAAAUUAUGGCCGAUGCGGAUGGAGAUGACCAGCCAGCGGAGAUCGAAGAAGAAGUUCAGGACGAGAAUGUCGCGCCCGUCCAGGAACAGGUGCUGCAGCGUGAAGAGGAGGUCAAGGUAUCGGAGGCUGAGCCAGAACACGAUGUGGAUACUGACAUGGAGAACGGCUCGCCCGAGUCUGACCAUUCCAGCCCACAGAAGCUCCUUCAGCGAAAGAGCAGUUUCACAUUCUCUGCACUUCCUGCGCGAGAGCCACUCGGUGCAAAGCGCAGCAUGGGACCGCUCGAUCGUGCGCGGAGCAGCUUUUUCAGCAAGUCGGUCAGCAAGCCGGCGGACGUCGAUGACGAUGAGGAUGAGACCAUGCAAGAGAAGGCGACGGAGGCACGAGCGCAUAGCAAGACAUCUACACAAUUGCUGCACGAGCGACUGAACAUGCUGGGCAAGACGAAGGAGCCCAGGCCAUCGAAGAGCAUCCACAACAUCACACAGACUACUUCCCAGCCGUUUUAUCCUCAGCUGCCAGGUGCUGAGCCUGCGGGUUCGCAAGCGACAGACGUGUUCGACCAACAGGCACUGGCAGAUCAGUUGACUGCUGCACCUGUCGAGGACGAGGACGAUGACUGGAUAGCACCUACUAAGCCAGCGCAGGUGUUGAAGUCGAAAGCAUCAGAGGCCACAAUUCAGCAAGUGACGGUAGAUGCUGUGUCUCCGGCACGACCAACGAUGCACCAAAAGUCGCUCUCAACUAUGACCAUAAUGUCACCAGAGAAGGCGAAUGCCACUGCUGAAUCGCGACACCAGAAAGCGACAUCAGUCUCACAUCCAAACCUGGCAGAAGCGCUGGACUCUACGACACCUGCUGGCUCGCCCAUGGGCAAGAGCCAGCGAGAUGGUCCAUUGAGUGCCUCGAAGAACAGGCUCUGGUCUGCAUUGAAGUCUGCUAAGAGUAUCUUUGCUUCAUCUGCUAGCGCCAGUGCUGCUGCCAAGUUGGAGGCACACAACAACUCGCCAGCACCACAUCGAUCACCAAAGCGGGACUCCGGCGACCACAAAAUCUUCAAUAUGCCAGGUGCUCUGUUUUCGCAAAAUGAUGUCAGGGCGAGCCCAGCUAGGAACAACUCGAUCAUCUCGUUCAGUCCCAGCAGAAAGACGAGGAGCAGUACCGAGAGCGACAAGCGCAAGGAGAAGGAGCUCAAGGCACAGCAAAAGGCCGCAGAUCAGCUCGAGAAGGAGCGUCACAAAGAGGCUCAGAAGGCUGCUAAGCAGCAGGCAGAAGAGCUGGCGAAAGCUGAGAAAGCCGAGAAGGCUGAAGCUGCUCGUUUGGAGAAAGAGAGAAAGCAAGCUGAAAAGCAGGCUGCUUCACAACCCGGGCGACCAGGGACCGCUGGAACCGAGACUGCUUCUGAGAACGAGAUGCCACCUCCGCCACCACCGAAGGGUAGUAUGCUUCCGUCUGGCAAGCUGAGGGCACCCGGGAGACUCGCCAGGCCAACACGAGAGCCCACAAAGCCGGCACCAAUGUCGAUCAAGGUUGCUUCCCAAUCGCAGAGGCUCGGCUCUUCUGCUCUUGGCAAGUCGCAGUAUGAGAGUUCUGCACCACCAACAGCAUCGAAGAUGCCACCACGGACGUCUUCUGCUCAAGGCCACCGACCUGGAUCUGCCCAGCCAACGAACUCUCGUGUACGAGCACUCGAGGCUGCUCAGCGCAAGAAGGAAGCGGAUGAGAGGGCAGCUGCCGAGAAGCUCGAGAAGAAGCGAGAACUUGAGCGUAAACGUGCUGCGAAGGCGGAAGAGGAGAAGCGUGCCGAAGAAGAGCGAAAAGCUGCUGAGCAACAGCGUGUGCACGAGAUCAAGCUCGCAGCCCAACGCAGAGCCGCUGAAAAGCAGGCUGCGGAAGUGCGCAAGCGUGAGCAAGAUCGACAAGACCUUCAGAGACGGGAGCACGAACACCAGGAGCAACGGCGACGUGAGCAGGAGCACAUUGCUCAGCAACGCCGUGAGCAAGAGCAGCUUCGACAACAGGAAGAUGCUCGCAAGGCGAGGGAAGCUCACGAGCUGGCUGAGGCCAUCCGACGAGAGCGUGCUCAACAAGCACAAGCGCACCCACGAGGUGACCUUCCUGGCACGUUGAGACAACUCACGAAAAACACUGUUCCUCAGCCGAACCCUGCUAAGCCUGCGAAGAGAAUGCUGCCCACCGAUGAGGAUGACAAUCCCGCUGCUACAGCGCAUCGACCGGGCAUGAUUCGUGGUCCUCCAUCAUACCAGCAAGCUGAUGCCAAACGACGAAGGACCAACGAGGAGCAAGAAGAAAAGGGCGAGCGGCGAUCAGUCAUGGCUCCACCUAAGCGGCCAUCAACUUUGCGCAAGGAGACACUACCCAAGUUCUCAGGCUACAGCCAUGCCCCACCCCCUGCAGCUCACCACAGCAAUAUCUACAAGGCCGCCGUCACGUCCCAGCACCACAAUCAACACAAGCCCACACAUCCCAGCCAGCUUGCACAGAUGUCAAAUGCCCGCAUACCAUUUGGCGAGAACCAGAAUCCACCUGCAGCACACCACGCAUCUAGUUCGCAGAUGCACCCAGGGUACGAGAAUGCUCACCCAAGCAAGUUCAAGACGCCAUCACGACCCGCGCAGGCACCGAAGUCUGCCAAGUCAACACCACACUACCCACAAGGCGACAACAUCGAGCUUCCAGACAUCGCCACCGACUCCGAGGACGAGAGCGACGAGGAAGAGGCCGGCGGCGGCUUCCGUGCUCCGUCAUGGGUGGCAAGUCCUGCUCUUCGGGACCUCCUCACACAACAACAACUCGUCGAUCCCGAGACGGUGUUUGGACCUAUCGGCGAGCUGAAAAUGGACGAAGUCUUCAAGAACAGCAAGAACCAGGAACGUCUCAAGCGUUUCCGUGAUCGCGGCAGCAGUGCUAUGUGGCAUGAGACUGGCGAUGCCGUGACGAGUGCGGAGAAGAGGAGGGAUAUGGAGAUGAGGGAGAGGGUUGUGAGGGAUGGUGGCUGGAGGUAUGAACCUGGUGCUUGA